AUCUAAUCGACUAACUAAAAAUUUGUCAGCGAAAACUAAAUCUUGAAUAACGAAUGCUAGCUUACUAUAUCGGUUUAACUUUCGUAUUUCUCGGCUCUCCGUUUUUGUUCAGUUCUGUUAAUAAAGUUCAGUUUUCAACUUGAGACAUAAAAAAACACACACACACACACACAUUUUCAGGUUGAGGGAUCUGUGAGUUUUCUGGCCUCCGCUGACUGAGUAGCCCUUUGCCGAGCUGAGCUGAGCUGAGCUGAGCUGUGCUGUGCUGUGCUGUGCUGGAUCAUAACUGAGCAUUCUGUGAAUGUGUUCACUUCUCAAUAUAUAUUUCUAUAUAUUUUUUAGUGCUAUAUUUUAGCAGUGGAGAAAAACAAAUCGUAAAGUGCAUCCGUGGCCGCGAGUGUAUCAAUCCAUUUGAAUGGGAGAUGGCCUUCGUGGCUACCAAUGAUCAGCAUGGCAAUGAGGUAAUGCGCGUAGUGCUCUCGACGGAGCCGGGCAACAAAACUGUGGCUUCCUGUCAGAAUGUCAGGAUCAACUGCAGUUCCGUCGGAGUCCGGUCGUAUACACAUGCAGGGCGUUUCGAUCAUCGACAUCGCUUUCAUUACUUUGCGGACACGGCGCCCCGUCUACGGAAGACGGACCUUUUUCUGCUGCACGGGCAGAAAGGCUACAAAGACGGAAAGAAUGAGCAGGCAUUGGGGAAGCAACAGCAGGAGAUAAAUAAACACCAGAAGCUAGAGAGGGGGGAACAUUCAAAGAACAAAAAGAAGCAUGGGGAGGCAGAUGAGGCAUUGCUGCUGGAUAUGCCUGGAUACUUCAAUAUGACCAUGGGUCGGAAGGAGCAGAAGGAGAAGGCACAGCAGGUGACGUUGAAGCCGAAACUGAAAGAGAAGGCGGUGCAGACGGAACUGAAAGACAAGGCAGUACAGAAUACGUUGGAUAAGAAAGAGAUGUCCGACCGGAAGACUUUGCAGCUAGAGCAGAAAGAGAAUGCAGAACUGAACAAUGUGGAUAAGAAAGAGAAAUCAGAGCAAAAAACAUUGCAGGUAGGGCAUAAAGAGAAGACAGAACAUAAGAGCUUACAGGUAGAGCAGAAAGAGAAGGCCGAACAAAAGACGUUGCAGGUAGAACAGAAAGAGAAGUCUGAACGUAAGACUUUGCAAGUAGAGCAGAAGGAAAAGUCUGAUCUUAAGACUUUGCAAGCGGAUAAGAAAGAGAAUGCAGAACAGAAGUCGUUGCUGAUGGAUAAGCAUGUGAAGGCAGAACUGAAGACGUUGCAAGUAGAUCAGACAGUGAAGCCUGAACGGAGGACACUGCAGUUAGAUCAGAAACAGAAGUCAGACCGGCACGCGUUGCAGUUAGAGCAGAUAGAUAAAUCAGAACAAAAGACUUUGCAGAUAGAGCAGAAUGAAAAGUCUGAACGCAAGACACUCCAGGUGUAUAAAAAAGAGAAGGCCGAACUGAAUAUUUUAGAGGUAGAGCAGAAAGAUAAGCUAAGAAAGACGCUGAAGGUAGAGCACAAAAAUAAUGCAGAACUGAAGACGCUGCUGGUGGAGGAUAAGAUUGAUAAGACAGAACAUAAGAAUUUGCCGGUAGAGCUGAAAGAGCAGUCAGAGCAAAGGACUCUACAGGUAGUGAAGAAAGAGAAGACAGACCGGAAGUAUUUUCAGGUAGAGCAGACAGAGAAGUCAGAACAGAAGACAUUACAAGUAGAUCAGACAGAAAAGGCAGAACAGAAGAUACUGCAGGUAGAAAGAACAUACCGGAAGAAUUUACCGGUAGAACAGAAAGAGAAGUCAGCGCUUAAGGCGCUACAAGUAGAGCACAAAGAAAAGUCUGAACGCAAGACGUUGCUGGUGGAUAUGAAAGAGAAGGCAGAACAGCAAAAGGUAGAGCAGAAAGAGAAGGUAGAGCGAAAGACGCUGCAGAUAGAUCCGAAAGAGAAAGUAUACCGGAAAACGUUGCCGGUGGAUAAGAAAGAGAUGCCAAAUCCGCAUGCGUUGCAGCUAGAGCAGAAAGAUAAAGCAGAACAUAAAAUUUUGCUGAUAGAGCAGAAUGAAAAGUCUGAACGCAAGACACUCCAGGUGGAUAAAAAAGAGAAGGCAGAACACAAUAAUUUUGACGUAGAGAAGAAAGAUAAGCUAAGAAAGACGCUGAAGGUAGAGCACAAGGAGAAUGCAGAACUGAAGACACUGCUGGUGGAAGAUAAGAUUGAUAAGACAGAACAUAAGAGUUUGCCGGUAGAGCUCAAAGACAAGUCAGAGCAAAAGAUUCUACAGGUAGAGAAGACAGCCCGGAAGUCUUUUCAGGUAGAGCAGAAAGAGAAGUCUGAACUUAGGACGUUGCUGGUGGAUAAGAAAGAGAAAGCAGAAGAGCAGGAAGUAGAACAGAAAGAGAAGCACGAGCGGAAGACUCUACAGGUAGCGAAGAAAGAGAAGACAGGCCGGAACUCUUCUCAGGUAGAGCAGAAAGAGAAGUCAGAGCAGAACACAUUACAUGUAGAUCCGACAGAAAAGUCAGAGUGGAAGAUACUGCAGGUAGAGAAGGCACACCGGAAGAAUUUACCGGUAGAGCAGAAAGAGAAGUCUGAGCAUAAGGCGCUACAGGUACUGCAGAAAGAGAAGUUUGAGCGGAAGACGUUGCUGGUGGAUAAGAAAGAGAAGGCAGAAGAGCAGGAAGUCAAGCAAAAAGAGAAGCCAGAACAGAAGGCGUUGCAGGUAGAGCACAAAGAGAAGCCAGAAGGGAAGACUCUGCAGAUAGAGAAGGCAGACCGGAAGAAUGUGCCGGUAGAGCAGACAGAAAAGUCAGAGCUGAAGACAUUGCUUGGGGAUAUGAAAGAUAAGUUAGAACAAAAGACAUUGCAGGUAGAGCAGAAAGAGAAAUCUGAGCGGAAAACUUUGCUGGUGGAUAAGAAAGAGAAGGCAGAACAGAAGAAGGUAGAGCAGAAAGAGAAGCCAGAACAGAAGACGUUGCAGGUAGAGCAGAAAGAAAAGUCUGAACGGAAGACAUUGCUGGGAGAUAAGAAAGAGAAGCCAGAGCAGAAGACGUUGCAGGUAGAGCAGAAAGUGAAGUCUAAUGAGAUGAUAUUGCAGGUGAAACAGAAAGUGAAGUCUGGGCAGCAGACAAAGCAUCGAUAUUACAGUCAGUACUUGGAAUGGUCGUACGAAGCGAUUUCGGAGUCAGAGAAAGAGUCACAGCUAAAGCAGAUCUCGCAGCCGAUAAAAUCGCAAUCAGAGAGAUCGAAGUAUGAGAUGAAACCUCAGCUAAUAAAUUGUCAGACGGAGAGACUAAAGCCAGAGAGCCUACAUCUGGAAUUCUUAAAAGAGGAGAAAAUUCAGGUGAUGCGACUAAAGGCAGAGAAGUCACAGCCAGAGAUGUGUCUUCAAGGAGACUUACAGCCAAAGCGUGAGAAGCGAACCCAAGCGAAGCAGAAGGUGCAGCUGCAAAUGACCCCGAAGCUGGCGUUGUUGCACUCGGACACACCGCGUGUGCUACGGACUAGGUCACAUACAGAGCCGAAUUUACAGACAGCCAACGGAUCACAGCGAAAGGCCAAGUCUCAAAAUAAUUUACCACAGGAUCCGGAUCAGAAUCAGGAGAAGAAGUCGUCUCGGACUUCAUCCCAUCACAGCCAUGGAAGUCUAACUGUCUCUGAAUCGGGACUGUGGAACAGCGCUGAGGUCAUAGCGCACAGCACGCUGCUCUCCAUGCAGGAGCAGAUGGCCAAGCGGGACAGCAACAACUCAUCGCCCUUGUCAUCGCCCUUCUACGCCUGGCUGGCUGCCAAAAAGGAGAAGCAGGAUCAGCUGAAAAAGGAGCGCCGUCUCUCAACAGAGUUGGAAGAGCAACGUGCCAAGGAGCGCUCGCGUCUCGCCCAGCUGAACUUUGAACGUUGGGUGAAGAGCAAGAACACUCAACUGCGACGGGCUAAGUCGGAUGUGAGCUCCGGUCAGCUGACCACCCAUUCGCGUCAGUCGCUGCCAGCCUCGGAGUCGCAGCGCCGUCUCAUCGAAUGGGAGCGCGAAAAGCUGGCCGAGCUCAGGGAGCAGCGGCUGAAGCGUGAGGCCUACAUAGAACGACAAAAUCAACUGGAGACGGCGCGUCGCGAAAUGAGCGCCGAGGCCUUUGAGCAAUGGGUGCUGGCCUCUCGUAACAAGCCGAAGCCGGUGCCCAUGGGCAAGGGCCUAGACUCGCUGCGCGGCACUACCGCGCCCCUCUUCACGAAUCCCAACGAAUGGAAAUCGGUGCAUGGGCCCAUCGUCAAAAAGCCGCAGAAUCCGCCGCCGCAGCCGCGUCCGAAGCGCCAGGGGCCUGACUACGAGCGUCUGGAGCGUCUGGCUCAGCCGCGACGGGCGAUCUGCAAGCAGAGCCCCAACGUGCGGCGAGAGCCCUUGAAGCUGGGCGAGACUGGCCCGCUGUCAAAGCUGAGCAACUCACUGGACAGCUGCCUGUUGCGUCCGCAUCGCACGUCCAUGGUCUGGAGCAAAGACAAUGCACAGCGCGUGCGCGAAAUGAAGAGGAACGAGUCACUGGGUGGGUAUCAGGCCCAGCACGAGCUGCACGACGAUCAAGUGGAGCAGCUGCGCAAGCAGCAGGACCAGCAGAACAACAAGACUCUGCCGAAGAAGUUUCAGGACAAGCGCGAGAAGCUGCGCCUCCGGCUCAAGGACUGGCUCGAGGAGGGCAAGGCGCUGCCCCAGCGCAGCCGCAACAACAGCAGCACCGACCUCAACUACGAGCUGAAGCUGGAGAAGCACGCGCUCAAGCAGCAGCAGCGUCGCGCUGUCUUUGCCGAAGAGGCGGCCCAAAUGCAACGCCGUCGAGUCGUCUUCAACGAGACGCGCAUUCUACGCUCCGAUGAGCAUCUGCUAUCGGCGGCCAACAAAUCGAAUAAUCCGCUGCAACGAGCACGCAGCAUCGAGCCCAAACAUUUACUCAAGUCGAAGGAACCUCAGAAGGUGAAGCCCUGGCGUUAGAUUUAGGUCCAGGUGUGAUUAGAGCGUCCCCCCACCACCCUCCCCUCCCCUCACUCACGUCAAUCCCCAUAUCCUUAUGAUAUUCAUGUAAUCGUCCUGUUUUUUGUAAGUUUUUCAAAAUAUAUAUUUUUUAUUCAGGCCCCCA